AUGAGCGAUAAGGAUAAACUUAUUUUGGAGGAGAAUGGCGUCGGAUUAUCUAGGAAACUGGCCAGAAAGGAUAUCAACAUAAGGCCACCCUGGUACCUGGGCCCUGGAUUCCUGCUCUUCUGGGUCCUACUCUUCUUCGCAGUGGUCAUACCGCUCUUCUAUCGCCUGCCCACAUCGCUGACCGUCGAGGAUGACAAUGCAGGCGAAUUCAUUGGAGAUCGCGCCUAUAACACGCUCAACAAUCUGGUGAACAUUGGACCCAAGGUGACGGGCAGCAAUGCGAAUGAGGUGGAUGCAGUAGCUUAUCUGCUAACUGAAAUAGCUGAUAUCAAAAAAGAGUUCCUUGAGGAUCUGUUCACCUUGGAGAUUGACAUACAGAAAACUACGGGCUCGCACAUCUACUAUGACAUGCUUGAGAUGUAUCAAGGAGUACAGAAUAUUGUGGUCAAGCUGAGCACAAAGAACUCCGCAAGCGAGUCGUACCUUUUGGUCAACAGCCACUUCGAUUCAGUGCCAAAUUCUCCAGCAGCUGGCGACGAUUGCUUCAUGGUUGCCACCAUGCUGGAGGUGCUGCGUGUGAUGGCCACAACCAGACAACCCUUCGAGCAUCCAGUCGCCUUUUUGUUCAACGGAGACGAGGAAAUGGGCAUGCAGGCCUCACACGGUUUCAUAACGCAGCACAAAUGGGCACCAAAAUGCAAAGCUGUCGUCAAUUUGGAUGCCGCAGGCAGUGGUGGACGCGAGAUUUUAUUCCAAACUGGCCCCUCACACGCCUGGCUAGCCACUUAUUACAAACAGAGUGCGAAACAUCCUUUUGCCACCACCCUGGCUGAGGAAAUCUUCCAAAUGGGUCUUGUGCCGUCCGAUUCGGACUAUCGUAUUUUCACACAAUACGGCAAUAUUCCAGGUGUUGACAUGGGCCAGGCCAUCAAUGGCUUUAUAUAUCACACCAAAUACGAUCGUAUCGAUGUUAUUCCUCGCGGCUCUAUUCAAAACACGGGCGAUAAUCUUCUCAGUUUAGUGCGCAAUUUGGCAAACGCAACCGAAUUGCACGAUACAGAGAAUUAUCAGUCAGUCAGGACAAACUUUUCGUAUAUAUACACUAACUUUUGUAUAAUCCAACAACAGGCAUAUAAAAAUGGCCAAGCUGUGUACUUUGACUUUUUGGGCCUAUUUUUCGUCAACUACUCCGAGAAAACGGGCAAAACUUUGAACUACUGCGCAGCAGGUGCCACGCUCAUCCUGGUUUUCAUCUCGGUGUGGCGCAUGUCAGCCGUUGCUCGCUUGUCCUCAUGCGGUGUCUGGCAGCGUCUUAUAUUCCUAGUGAUUCUACAGAUUAUAGCCUUCGUCUUAGCCCUGGGACUGCCCUUACUAGUAGCCUAUAUUUUCGACAGCUUUGGCUUAUCGUUGACCUACUUCAGCUCUCCAGCGCUGCUGAUCGGUUUGUACAUAUGCCCGGCGCUAAUUGGUCUAGGUCUUCCAAUCACCAUCUACUAUCAGUCGCAGCAGAACAAUAAAUUACCUAUCACAUAUCACCUGCAACUGGCUCUGCAUAGCUGGGUCGUUGUUUUGGCUCUUCUGGCUAUAGGAGGAACAGCCUAUGGCGUGCGCUCCAUCUAUAUUAUCACAAUUCUGAUUAUCUUCUAUGGCAUUUCCUUGGCCCUAAAUCUUUUGACGACGUUCCACGAUCGUGGCUACAGUUGGACUGGCCUGGUCAUAGCUAGCCAGGUGAUGCCUUUCCUGUACAGUAGCUACCUCUUCUACAUAUUCAUUGUGGUGCUGACGCCCAUGAAUGGUCGGUCCGGUAGUGCUUCCAAUCCGGACACAACUAUUGCUGCUCUGGCAGCACUGGGCGCUGUGACUUCCUUUGGAUUUUUGCUGCCUUUGACCAACAUUUUCCGGCGACCCUGGUCGGUAUUGCUCACCCUGUUGCUUGUCACGGGCGUUACGAUAUUCCUAGCCUGUGGCACUCAGAUCGGUUUUCCCUAUCGCCAGAGGACCAACAGUGCGCGAGUAGCUUAUCAGCACGUGCGCCGAAUAUUUUACGAGUACGACGGCAGCGUUAGCAAGGAUGACUCCGGUUAUUUGUUCAAUUUCCAGGAUAGGCGUCAAGCACAAGCGUUUCCCGGCGUGAAUCUAACUGGCGCGAUAAGCCAGACGUCCAAUUGCGAUACACACAUGAUGUGUGGGGUGCCUCUGUUCGACGAACGCUGGGUGGGCAAUCGUAUGCAGGGCAUGUGGCUGCCACGUGAGGAGCCCAUCGUGCCACCAAAACCAGCCAAUCUGGAGCUGCUGAGCAAAACAGUGUUGAAUGAUACGAAAACUGUGCGCUUUGAAUUCCGCUUGACGGGGCCGAACUAUUUGAGUUUGUUUGUGCAAGCCUAUGAGGAUGAUUAUGUCACUGUGAGCGACUGGUCCUUCUCCCGGAGUUACCUGGAGCAGAAGCCAGCUCUUCCGCUGGCGUAUCACAUGUACAUUACCUAUGGAAGUAAUUCAGCUCUCGAGUUUAGUCUGGAUCUUACAAAACCGAAUGGGGACUUCAAUGUGCCGCUGUUCCAACUAGGCGUAUCGUCGCACAAUAUUGGAAAUAAGGGCGACGAGCAUAGCGUGAAGUUCGCCUCAACAUUCCCCUCGUAUGCAGUCAUAACCGAUUGGCCUUCCCUAUAUCAAAGAUAUAUAUUCUAAAUAAUUUAACUCUAAGCGAUUUCGAACAUAUAAAAUGCAAUAGUCUGGGUCUUGUGAACCUUCUUGGGGGUCGAGUAGAGUCGAACGGAAGAAUCAUGGGAUGACUAAGACUACGUCAUGAUGGGGAAUCACUCGUUACGUAAAAGCACUGCCGAAAGUUCCUAGUAGCCUAUUAUUAUGCGAUAAUGUUUUAAUCA